AUGUGCACUGAAGAAGGCGACCGUAGGUACAUCGCUGAGCAGUUAGACCACAUUGGAAGGGAUACCGUGUCGAAGCAAAUGCAGGAGUCUCUCCUUGGUGCGUACCGUUACCAAGUAGAUGUUACAUGUUUCCAGCAUGGAGCAGGUAGCAUCGAACAUUCGCACGCACUGGGCAAUCUGGGAGUGUUAUUGAGGAACGCAGGUGACAGCAGAGCUGCACUGGAACAUUUGUCUGCGGCUCUCACGAUCAAGAAACAGCAUCUCGGGGAUAAUCACAUUGAGGUUGGCAUCAUAAGGAACGGCAUCGGCACAGUAUUGAAGGAUUUGGGUCAGUUGCUGGAAGCACGUCAGGAGCUUGAAGCGGCGAUUGCCAUCUACAGCGGCAAGCUCGAGGACACUCACCCAGAGGUCGCCGAGACCAGGGGCAACCUCGGCUCUGUUUUGGAGGAGUUGGGCAUGUUGCCUGAGGCGCGGCGGGAGCUCAAGGCGGCCCUGCUGAUCAGAACGCAGCACUUUGGGGAAGACCACCCCGAGGUGGCUAAAAACAGGGAGUGGCUCGGCGUCGUUCACCUGGCCUUGGGGGAAUUGUCUGAGGCGCAAUGCAUGCUCGAGGAGGCCCUUGAGGUCCACACCCAGCACUACGGGUACAGACACCUGCAGGUCGCCAGGACGAGGUACAAUCUUGGAAGUGUCUUCAUGCAAAGGGCGAAUCUGCCAGAGGCAAGGCGGCAGUUCGAGGCGGCCCAGAAAAUUCACAUUCAGCACUUCGGGGAAGAAGAUCAGCCACUAGGAGUCGCAUCAACGAGUCACAACCUCGGUGCCGUCCUAGAAGGAAUGGGGAUGAUGUCAGAGGCGCAAGGGGAAUUCCGGGCAGCCUUGAAGAUCAGAAGGCAGCUUCUCGGGGAAGACCACUUGGAAGUGGCCAGGACCAGGGAAUGGCUUGGCGCCGUUUUGACCAAUCUUGGCGAGUUGCUGGAAGCGCGAGAGGAGCUCGAGGCCGCCCUCCAGAUCAAAAGGCACCAUUUCGGCGAUGACCACAUGGAGGUCGCCACCGCGAGAUGCAACCUGGGCACCGUUUUGAUGAAUCUUGAGCCACCCGAGGCGCGAAAGCAGCUCGAGGCGGCGCUGAGAAUUGAAACAGAGCAUCGCGGGGAAGAUCACCCAAAUAUUGCCAGCAUCAGGAACAAGUUAGGCAUCCUACUGGUCGGUCUUGGGGAGCUGGCAGAGGCACGACGGCAGCUCGAGACGGCACUGGGCAAGAUGCGGCAGCACUUCGGGGACAAUGACCCAAAGGUUGCCAACGUGAGGCGCAACCUUUGCGCCGUCUUGAUGGACCUCGGGGACUUGCCAGAGGCGCGACGAGAGCUAGAGAGCGCAGUGGCGACCCAAAGACAGAUCCUCGGCGGUGACCACCCGGAGUGCGCCAAAGCUAUGAACGAUUUGGGCGCCGUCUUGAUCGGUCUCGGAGAGUUGCCAGAGGCGCGCAAGCAGCUCGAGGCAGCGCUGAAGAUCAAAAUAUUCUAUUUCGGUGACAGCCACUCGGAGGUCGCCGCGACGAGACGCAAUCUUGGGGCGGGCGGAUCUGUUCAUCGAUUUAGGACAGUUGCCUGA